UUCGCCGCAGCGGCCGUCCCCGCGGGCGGGGAACGAGCCUGCCGCCGAGCCGCCGAGCCUCUGGGCAGGCCGAGCGGCUGAGCUCCCGCGCCGGGGGCCCUGACUCUAUGGCCCGGGGGGAGCGCGCCGGAGCCACCGCGCUGCCCACCACCAGACGGAACCCGAGCGUCGGCGGGAGGAAGAGGGGAGCCAGGGACGCCGCUGGCGCCGGCCCACGGGUCCGCCGGCGGCUCCCGCCGCGGGGAAUGGGAGGCAGGUAACACAGCACCGAGAAGCUCUGAGAGAGCCAGGAGAGGAGCGGCCUGCCAGCCCGAACCGGGCCCCAGCCCCAGCCCCAUCGGGGCCCUCCCCCGGCGGCGCGUCCCCGCGCGCGCACACACUUGCACACGUUACCUCCUCUCCUGCUCAGCCUCGCCUGCCCCCUGCGAGCGCCGAACCCGUCCUGGAGCCAGAUGCCAUGGGUAACAACUUCUCCAGUAUCCCCUCUCUGCCCCGAGGAAACCCGAGCCGGGUGCCGCGAGGCCACCCCCAGAACCUCAAAGACUCCAUCGGGGGCCCCUUCCCCAUCACCUCUCACCGAUGCCAUCACAAGCAGAAGCACUGCCCGCCGGUGCUGCCCAGCGGGGGACUCCUGGCCACACCGCUGCUCUUCCACCCCCACACCAAGGGCUCCCAGAUCCUCAUGGACCUCAGCCACAAGGCCGUCAAGAGGCAGGCCAGCUUCUGCAAUGCCAUCACCUUCAGCAACCGCCCGGUCCUCGUCUAUGAGCAAGUCAGGCUGAAGAUCACCAAGAAGCAGUGCUGCUGGAGCGGGGCCCUGCGGCUGGGCUUCACGAGCAAGGACCCAUCCCGCAUUCACCCCGACUCUCUGCCCAAGUACGCCUGCCCCGACCUGGUGUCCCAGAGUGGCUUCUGGGCCAAGGCACUGCCCGAGGAGUUUGCCAACGAGGGCAACAUCAUCGCCUUCUGGGUGGACAAGAAGGGCCGCGUCUUCUACCGCAUCAACGACUCCGCUGCCAUGCUCUUCUUCAAUGGGGUCCGCACGGCUGACCCGCUCUGGGCGCUGGUGGACGUCUACGGCCUCACACGGGGCGUCCAGCUGCUCGACAGCGAGCUGGUGCUCCCGGACUGCCUGCGGCCGCGCUCCUUCACCGCGCUGCGGCGGCCGUCGCUGCGGCGCGAGGCGGACGAGGCGCGCCUCUCAGUGAGCCUGUGCGACCUCAACGUGCCGGGGGCCGACGGCGACGAGGGCGCGCCGGCCGCCGGCUGCCCCAUUCCGCAGAACUCGCUCAACUCGCAGCACAGCCGUGCACUGCCCCCGCAGCUCGACGGCGACCUGCGCUUCCACGCGCUGCGCGCCGGGGCGCACGUCCGCAUCCUGGACGAGCAGACGGUGGCGCGCCUGGAGCACGGGCGCGACGAGCGCGCGCUCGUCUUCACCAGCCGCCCCGUGCGCGUGGGCGAGACCAUCUUCGUUAAGGUCACCCGCUCGGGCGGCGCGCGGCCCGGCGCGCUCUCCUUCGGCGUCACCACGUGCGACCCCGGCACGCUGCGGCCCGCCGACCUGCCCUUCAGCCCCGAGGCCCUGGUGGACCGCAAGGAGUUCUGGGCCGUGUGCCGCGUGCCGGGGCCCCUGCACAGCGGCGACAUCCUGGGCCUGGUGGUCACCGCCGACGGCGAGCUGCACCUCAGCCACAACGGCUCCGCCGCGGGCAUGCAGCUGUGCGUGGACGUCUCGCAGCCGCUCUGGAUGCUCUUCAGCCUGCACGGGGCCGUCACGCAGAUCCGCAUCCUCGGCUCCACCAUCCUGGCGGAGCGGGGCAUCCCGUCACUGCCCUGCUCCCCUGCCUCGACGCCAACCUCGCCCAGCACCCUGGGCAGCCACCUGUCCGACCCCCUGCUCAGCACGUGCAGCUCUGGACCUCUGGGUAGCUCUGCUGGUGGCACGGCCCCCAACUCACCAGUGAGCCUGCCCGAGUCGCCCCUGGCCCCGGGCCCCCCGGGCCAGUGGAGUGAUGAGUGCACCAUUUGCUACGAGCACGCGGUGGACACGGUCAUCUACACGUGUGGCCACAUGUGCCUCUGCUACGCCUGCGGCCUGCGCCUCAAGAAGGCUCUGCACGCCUGCUGCCCCAUCUGCCGCCGCCCCAUCAAGGACAUCAUCAAGACCUACCGCAGUUCCUAGCCACUGCAGCGCCCCCCAGCCCACUCCUCAGACCUCUGCCAGCUCCAGCCGAUGGGCAGGCCAGCAGGGCCCCAUCUCUUCUUCGUUUUGGAAACUUUUCUCCCUUCUCCAUUAAACAUGGGAAACAGAGGCCCCUGACAGUUUGGGGAGACAGCAGGUAUCAGGUAGGGAGGUGGGGGACAGAAGCACAUUGCUCGGCUCUCAGCUCUACCCCACAUGCUGAGGGGCUAACUGGGGGUCUCAGCCUGUCCUAGUCCUUCCCCACCUGGGGCACAUUCCUAGGAGACCCCUGUAGCCCAUUAGCACCUUUCUGAGACUUAGAAAAUGUGGAGUGUGGCUUGGCCAGUGGAGUAUGGACUGAAUUUCAGCUCCUUUUGCUCCUUUGGCCAAGUGCCCUCAAGCACUGCACAGCCUGCUCGACUAAGCCCUGGGCAGGCAGCUCCUGAGCGUCUCUUCUGCUUUCUCACCUAUGUCUGCCUCCUUCCUCCCUGCUCUGCCUCCUGGGCCUGGCAGCUGGGAGUGGUGGGGCAGGGUAAGAAGGCCGCUGGCUGCCUCCACGCCACGUAUCUCCCCCACCCUCCUGGGAUGGGUGGGUGCAUGGGCCUGCGGGAGGCCCCUGGCCUGGCUGAGAUGGGGAGGGCCCUUUGCUGGCCAUGGGCUUUCUGCCCCAGUCAUCUCUCUGGAAGCCGCUGCCCAGCGAAGCCCUUUGGUGUGGGCUGGGGUGCAGGGUCUGUCUUCUGUCCAUGUGUCUUAAGAAUAGGACCCUCUCUGACCUGUCCUCCCACAUCUCAGUGUUGUCCUGGGCCUGCGCUGAUGCUCAGAAAGGCGGUAGCACCCCCGGGAGAGGGCAGGGGCCUGGGUUGAGGGGGACACCUCCCUGGUAUAAAAGCUUUUCCUCUUAUUUUAAUUUAUUUAUUUAUUAGUUUUUUUUUUUUUUUUUUUUUUUUUGGGUGGGGGUAGUGAGUUCCCAUCCUGCUGGCACCUAGAAAUGCUGCCCGGUUAUGUGGGGUGCCUGGUAACGGGGCAGCAGAGAAAAUCAUGACUCAAAAUCACCCCUAGAUUUUAUCCCUGAAGCUCACAGCCAGCCCUGCUAACCAUGAAUUGAAACUCCAGGAAAAGGGGCCAAAUUGGGAGGCCGCCAGGUGAAUUGGGUCCAUUUUACAGAGAGGCAGACUGAGCCCCUUAGUACCCUGGGGUUGGCGGAUCACCCAGACUCACAAAGUUCCCUUCCUCCCUGGGCUGGAGCAGGGUCACCAUGGUUGGCUCAAAUAGAUCAGGGGGCCCGGGGGAUCCCCCUCUGUAAGGGUUUGAGAAGUUCCAGCAAGACUGAGGGAGGGGAGUCCUGCUUGGGGCCUGGGAACAGGGCUGGGGGAGCCUUGUCACAGUAGGGGCAGGUUGUGCUUAGGAAAGGACCCUCCGACCCUGGGGUAAGGGUGUGCCCCCAUCCCCCUUCUCCUAGGUUACAGUCAUCUCAGCCCCACCCUCCUGGUCCUGAUUGGCAGGGGUGGGGGCAGCUCUCAGAGCCCCAGCCUGGUCUUCUCCCCAAGCCCCCGGCCCUUUGCCCCCUCGGAUGUCUUUUUUUAUGCCCAUGAGAGAUUGCUUUUCCUUGUGCUGGGGUGCAUGGGGCUGGUGGCCAGGAACCAGCAUUCCAGUCCUGCCCACUGGGUAGUUGGGUGGCCCUGGCCAGAUCUCAGCCCCCCAGUCUCAGCUUCCACCUCUGUAAAAUGGUUGUGGGGGGAUGGGAAACUUUCUGUGUGCCUCUUGGGAGUUCUUUGGAGGGCUGCCGUGGCGUGGUGUGUUUGGUAAAGCAGUAGGGGUCAGGACACUGGACUGGCCUCCGUCUGCGCCUGCCUUGCAGUGGGCUUUGGGGACAUCAUGGUUCUGUGGGUCUGUGUAUUCCCCACUGACCUUGGGAGGCCCUUUCUUUGGGAGUAGGGUGAAGGUGGGGGCUGGGCAGUGGCCCCAUCCAGCCAGGGGCCCCUCCUAGAGGCAAAGAAAGGUCUCAAGGGCAUUGUGAGGGGGCUGUGUGGCCUCAAAGUUGGGGAGAACUAGCCAUCUGUCCCACUAUCCAUUGGUGUGGGGGCCACUGUCUGCUUUGUGAACUUGGGUGGCUGUGAUUGUGAAUAAAGGUGAUUUCAUACCA